AUGCCCCCUUCUUCUUCUUCUUCUGUUUCUUUCGGCAAAAGGAUUCAUCCUUCUCGCCUCCACCUCCUUUCUAAAAACCGCCCUCCCCCUCUGAAGUCAUGCCUCGCUUCUUCGGACUCUGAUCGGGACUCCCACCCCUCUGGAGAGCCAUGUGUUCGGAAGACUGUACACUUCCCGGAUGACAUCUCUCUUGUGCGGGUCAGGAUAAUCCCACCUCGCAAAGAUCGGACCAAGAAGGCCAUCUUCAACAGAGGUCGGCUCGCGGAGACGAAGUCGUUCAUCAUGUACACUUCGAAUCCCUUCGGCUCCACCCAGCGGUUCCUUUGCAGGCUUCCUGGAAGCCCUGGACCUCGGUACACAAUGUACUCACACUGGAUGAGUGUCGUUCGUGCCCGUCGUCUCGCCGCUGCGUAUUCAUCCCAGCCCCGUCCUCCGCGCUCCGCACCUUCCGCCAAUGGACCAGUGCCUGAACCUGCCUCCGAUGGUUCUCUGCAUGGGUCUGCCUUCGAUAUGUCGUCACUGAAGCAUGCCCUGCUUGAGCCUGCCUCCGGUAGUUCACUGCAUGGGUCUUCUCUCGACAUUUCCUCUCUGACUCAGGCACUGCCUGAUCCUGACAUGGCCUUCGACAUAUCCCCUCUGAUGCGUUCACUUCCCGACCCUGAUGCUCCAUCUGAUGCAUCCUCCCUUGCGCAUGCGCCCAAGUCCAUGGUUGCUUCCCACUCUCGCGAGUCUCGCAGUCUACCUCCAAAGGCUCAUGUACGUGUGGUUCAGACCCUCGUCCAGGUUGGCCCGUUCUCUGCCACCCGCUUCUUCAGCCUUUGCGGAGUCUUGCUUGUUUUGGGGGCCUUCUUCCCAUGGCUUGUCCCAGCAUCUUAUGCUGCGUUUGUGCUUCUGUUUAUCUAUGGGACGUGCUUCUUUUGA